GGGCCCGAGACCUGUAGUUCCGCCUGGGGGUCCGGCGCCCGCCGCUCCGCCUGGGGGUCCGAUGCCUGUCGCCCCGCCUGGGGGCCCGAGGCCUGUCGCUCCAUCUGGGGGGCCCGGCGCCCGCCGCUCGCCUGAGGGCCCGAGACCUGUAGUUCCGCCUGGGGGUCCGGCGCCCGCCGCUCCGCCUGGGGGCCCGAGGCCUGUCGCCCCGCCCGGGGGCCCGGUGCCUGUUGCCCCGCCCGGGGGCCCGGUGCCUGUCGCCCCGCCCGGGGGCCCGGUGCCUGUCGCCCCGCCCGGGGGCCCGGUGCCUGCCGCUCCGCCUGGUGGCCCGCUGCCUGCUGCUUCGCCUGGUAGCCCGAUCCCGAUGUGCCUCUGCCCGGAGUCCAGCCCGAUGUGCCUCUGCCCGGAGUCCAGCCCGAUGUGCCUCUGCCCGGAGUCCAUCCCGAUGUGCCUCUGCCCGGUGUACCGCUGCCCGGAGUCCUGCCCGGUG